GGCUCCGGGAGCGGAGGGGGUGGAGAGAAGCCGCAGCUGCAACUUCGUCGGGAACCUCGCAGCCUGGGCUCGGCCGGGGACCGAGCCGCCGUCACCGCGGAGCCGCCGCUUCCCUGGCCCGGGCCUCAGCACAGCUGGGCUGACCAUGGCAGCCGCCGCCGCCGCAGCGAAUCCGGCCCCUGCGCCCCCUUCCCGUCGCUGAGCGGCCGUUGCUCAGCCCACCCGCUCGCCCCGCCUCGCGGGUGCCGCCGCAGCUGAGGCUCCGCACAAGUUUCCGCCGCCGAAGAAGCAGAAGGCAAAGGCAGCGGAGGACGGACGUGGGGAAUCGGGCGCCCCCGGCCCACUCAGCACUCCCGCCCGCGAUGUGGGGGCGCUUCCUGGCCCCGGAGGCCGGCGGCCGGGACAGCCCCGGCGAAGCCCGCAGCUUGCCCGCGGGCCCAGAUUAUUCUUCAUCAGCAUGGUUACCUGGUAAUGAAUCAUUGUGGCAGGCCACAACUGUCCCAUCUAACCAGCGAAAUAGCCACAUCAGGAGACAUAGUAUAGCUUCUGACAGUGGUGAUACUGGCAUUGGAACUUCCUGUUCUGACAGCGUGGAAGAUCAUUCAACUUCAAGUGGCACAUUAUCUUUUAAGCCUAGUCGGUCAUUGGUUACUCUUCCUACUGCCCAUGUCAUGCCGUCUAACUCCAGUGCUUCAGUUUCCAAACAUAGGGAAUCACUGACAUCAGAUGGCUCAAAAUGGAGUAUAAGCCUCAUGCAAGCAUUGGGAAAUCAUAGUAGGGGGGAGCAGGACUCUUCACUGGACAUGAAGGACUUCCGGCCCCUCCGGAAAUGGUCAUCUUUAUCCAAACUCACCGUCCCAGAGAACUGUAGCCAGGGUGGCAUGGUGCACACAGAAGAAUCAAGGAGAGGUUUGGAAAAGACAGGGCGAGACAAGGCAUUAACAGCACAAUUCAGGACCAUUGGACCUAGCUGUUUACAUGACAGUAUGGAGAUGCUUAAGCUAGAGGAUAAGGAAAUAAAUAAAAAACGACCAUCAACUCUGGACAGCAAAUAUAAAUAUGAGAGCUGUAGCAAAGAGGACUUUAGAGCUUCUUCCUCCACUCUCAGGAGACAGGCGUUAGACAUGACAUACAGUGCCUUACCUGAAAGCAAGCCUGUUAUGACAAGCUCAGAGGCUUUUCAAUCUCCGAAAUAUUUAAUGCUUGGUCAGCAGGCAGUAGGUGGAGUUCCCAUUCAGCCUUCUGUGAGGACGCAGAUGUGGCUCACUGAGCAGUUGCGGACAAACCCCUUGGAAGGUAGAACUACAGAGGACUCUUACAGUUUAGCUCCUUGGCAGCAGCAGCAAAUUGAAGAGUUUCGGCAAGAAAGGGAAACACCGAUGCAGGUUUUGUCUGGAUCAUCUCGUCAAAGUUACUCACCUCCCGGCUAUCAAGAUUUCAGUAAGUGGGAAUCAGUGCUGAAAAUAAAAGAAGGGCUGCUAAGGCAGAAAGAGAUUGUAAUUGAUCGGCAGAAGCAACAAAUUACCCACCUGCAUGAAAGAAUAAGGGAUAAUGAAUUACGAGCCCAACAUGCCAUGUUAGGACAUUAUGUAAAUUGUGAGGAUUCUUAUGGGGCUGGUUUGCAGCCACAAUAUGAGAACACCUCCCUCCAGUCUCCAUUUUCAGACCAGUCAGCAUCCCAUUCCCAGCACGAGGAACUUGAGCAAAAGCUUGCAUCUACUGAGAAAGAAGUUUUACAGCUCAAUCAGUUUCUCAAACAAAGAAUAAGCCAAUUUAGUGAAGAGAAGAAGAAACUGGAGGAAAAGCUUAAAACCAGAGAUAGAUACAUUAGUAGCUUGAAAAAGAAAUGCCAGAAGGAGUCUGAACAGAACAAAGAAAAGCAGAGAAGAAUUGAGACCUUGGAAAAGUACCUGGCUGAUCUUCCAACUCUUGAUGAUGUGCAGAGUCAGAGUCUACAGCUUCAAGUUCUAGAAGAAAAAAAUAAGAAUUUGCAAGAGACUUUGAUAGAUGUGGAAAAAAAGCUUGAAGAGUUCAAAAAACAGUAUCAAGAAAAAGAGGCACAGCUAAUAUGCCAGAAAAAGAAAGAAAAGGAGUUGGUAACUACAGUUCAGAGUUUGCAGCAGAAAGUAGAAAGAUGCCUUGAAGAUGGAAUUCGCCUUCCUAUGUUAGAUGCAAAACAGCUUCAGAAUGAAAAUGAUAACCUGAGACAACAAAAUGAGAAUGCCAAUAAGAUAAUAGAUAGCCAACAAGAUGAGAUUGACAGAAUGAUUUUGGAAAUUCAGUCUAUGCAAGGGAAACUUUCUAAAGAAAAAUUGACUACUCAAAAGAUGAUGGAAGAGCUGGAGAAGAAAGAAAGAAACCUUCAGAGAUUAAGAACAUUGCUUGAUAACCAAAGACAAACAGAAGAGACCUGCUCUUUAUUGGAUCAGGGCCAGGAAGCAGAACAGUCCAGGCAGCAGACCGUUCUUUCCAAAAGGCCACUCUUUGAUUUGAGUGUGAUUGAUCAGCUGUUCAAGGAAAUGUCCUAUUGUUUGCUUGACUUGAAGGCAUUGUGUAGUAUUCUUAAUCAGCGUGCUCAGGGCAAGGAGCCUAAUCUUUCUUUAUUACUGGGAAUCAGAUCAAUGAACUGUUCAGCUGAAGAAACUGAGAAUGACCACAGCCCAGAAGCACUCACCAAAAAACUGUCAGACGUAUGCCAGUUACGGAGGGACAUAGAUGAAUUACGGACCACAAUAUCGGACCGCUAUGCUCAGGACAUGGGAGACAACUGUGUCACCCAGUGACCAGUGUUGGGCCCACAGCAGUCCCGGCCCACUGCAGAGUGCUGCUGUGCUACACUCUUCAUGUUUCUCUUCAGGAACCAUGAUAGAAAGUUGCAAGUGACGUGUGUCUUGCUGCAUAGGUUUUUUUCUGUGGAUUUGUUCUGUUGCAGAAGAAUUGGGAUGUGAGAGAGUUUCUAAGGGGCUUAUCUAAUCAGGCAAAAAAAAAUUAAAUUGCCAUUUGAAAAAUAUGAUAAAAUGUAUAAGGAAAAAAAACACCUGUAUUCUCAAAACUACUGAUUGUAGGACCAAGCUGUGAAGAGUGCCCUUCAGAUAAAGGGAUAGAAUUUCUUUUAAUCACAUAAUUGUGUGUGUGUGUGUGCAUGUGUACUUAUUUACAAAAUUAUAAGGAUUUCUAAGAUCAAAGCAAAGCUUCUGAGAAGGGCACACACUAUAUUCUUGUGCUCCUUUUUUUUUCUUCAUGGGGAAGCUUGUGUUGUACUUGGGGUUUUCAAGCGUUGGCUCAGCAAGGGUUCCCACACCAGGCAAGUGUUGUAACAGUAGUACAGCAGCAAAACCUUUUGUGUUUUGAACAAUCACUGUGCUGAGAUGGUGAGGUUGUGGGGUUGGGUUGAUUUUCGUACUGUAGAUAGGUUGGCGAUUUUUCCAGAGUGAUUGUGAAUCGUCUAAGAGGUGUGAAAUACUGAUGUGAUGGUUAAUCCCAUUAGCAUUAUAAUUUAUGUAUUACAAGGUGAUUUAACAUAAUCUGAACUAAUUUUAACAUGUCCCUUAUUAUUUACAAUUUUUAUUUAUAGAUUAUAUAUAUAUAUAUAUAUAUAUAUCAGUGUAAACAAAGCCAUAUACAAUUAAUGCAAACCUAAGGCCUCAGAUCAUUAUUGUAAAAUGAACAAAAUGACUCUGGAACAAUAACUUAUUUAUCCAAAUCUCAAAUGUUUACAUUUUUAACAGUUUUGUAUCUGUUUUGAAGUUGAAACCACUUUAAGAAAAAAUCAACCUGUAUUCUUUAUAUCUGAAUUAUCACUAGCAUAAAACAAAGUCUAAACCUAAGUGAUACUGAAAUUCCUUUUAUUAGGUAAAGUACAUUAAAAACAGGGUUCUUCAUAGAAUAUAAACUUGCCCAGGUUAGUUGUUGUUCUGGGGUUUAGGAUAUCACUAUGAAAUAAAACUGAUUUUUUUUUUAAUAGACAUGCAAUCAUUUAAACUUCCAAAUGAGUAUUUCCCUAUUUUAGUUGUAUCUUGGAAAGAGUAUAUAUUUGAUUACCUUCAGAGCAUUUAGUACAUUCUUUUGAAUGUACUUAGUUGUGGCAAUCAUUGUCCUUUACACAUUGGUUUUGAUUUAUCUCUUGAUACAGCCCCAAGUCUCAUUUAGGUCAAGACAAAUAAUAGGUAGAAGGAACAAGGGAUGAAAAUCAAGCUGGAGAAUAUUGUUUGGGGCAAGAGCAGAUCACAUGUCUGUUUUCUUGCCAGACUUAUAUUAAUGGUAUAAAGGCUGCUCCUAGAAAAAUAUGCUCCUGAAUAAUUUCAGCAGUGAAAACAUAUUUGGGAUAGACCUUCAAAGAAACUACCCAGGAAGACAUUCAGCUCAGAAUUUGACUUAUAGACAGUUCUGAACAGACUCAGUAGUUGCAUUUCAGCAAUCAGUUAUAAUACAUUGUAAGGACAUCAGCCUUCCCUUCUGUUCAGUGCCUGAGUCCUCCCUGCCAUUUAAUGUCUUAGGAUCUGGACACUAAGAAAUCAGUGCAUUGUAGGGAUUCUGCUUCCCAUGGUCCUGAAGCUAAAAAGGAGGGACUUGGUCACUAGCAAAAAUUUGGCUUUCUAAGAUGUUCAUCUGUUUUUGAGUGUUGGUGGUUUGAAGACAAUCAAGGAGUAGUAAAUUUAUACCAAAAAUCUGAUACAAAGAAUUCUGCCUUGUAAAAAUUAAUAUCUAUAAAAAUGGUCAGUUACAGUAAAGUAGAUAAUUAGCAUCUAAAUAGAUAAUCCAUAGGUAUAGCACACAUUUUUACAUUCUCUUUGAAUAGAAUCCCCUCCCCCCACCCUCAACCUCCACAAUUUUGAAAAUAAAGGUACCCUAAAAUGAUAGUGAUAAUGGGCAAAUACAUAAUCACUGAUUUGGAUCACUAGGUCCUUACUAAAAUGUAUAUGUUUGGGAGUUUUAUGGUUAUUAGUGUUGUUUAAACAAACUUUUGGUCAUUUGUUUUGACCACUGUAGAUACUUUGUUUUCCACCUUUGUUGUGAUAAAAUAAUUUAUAUUUUUAAAAGUAAGUUUUCUAAAACUCAAAAAAUUUGACUUAAUUCACAUAUCUUGGGGUAAAAAAUUUUAACCUAACAGAAAAUUAACUAACUACUGCUGAUAUAUUUCAGUUUCGAAAAUGUAUCCCCUCCAUGAAAAGGAGAAUUACGAUGAAAUAGUUUAAGUAUAACCUUGAAUUACAGACAGUUAAUCUCUUGGAGUCUGGGUUUUGUAAAGGGUCCUAGAUAAUAAGCAGACAGCCUUGGAGGGAAUUUGGGGGAAAAUAAAGCUAUUAGUAGUCUAAUUUGUCAGUAUUUAAUUUUGAUUUUUCAGAAAAUUCCCUUCUCCAAGACAACCUUUUAUGUUAGAAUAGUAAGAAUAAUGAUAUCUCUUUAAAAACAAAGAUUUUACUGUUAGACUAGGUAAGGUGGACAAGUAAAAACUCUAUAGUGUCGUGUCCUAGUUUGAAGUAGGAUAUUCUUAGGAGUUAUUACAGUGAUUAUCUAUCUGAGGUGAAAGUUAAUCUAAGUUUUAAAGUAAAUCUAUUUGAAAUUUGCUUAAGUAUUGACUUAGGUAAGCCUUGCCUGAGUUUGUUUCUUUUUUUUCCCCAAUAAGUGUGGCCCCUUUUUGUGUUUGAAAUAGGAGUCAGUAUUCAAUGUUAACCAUAUUUUAUAUUAGUGACAUUUGUUUUGGUCAUGACAAUUUAUUAAGCUGAAUUAGACUUCUUUCAGUAGCUUGUUUGAGACAAUCUCAAGGGCUGAAAAGUGUUGGUAAAAUGGAUAUUGUACAUUUCCACAAUAAUGUACAAUAAUGAAUGACUAAUGAGAUUAGAAAAUUUGUCAUAGUUCAAGACUUAUUAAUAGGGUUAUCUUAGAUGGCAUUUUUAAAGGAACUACUUUAUUAGGAGAAUGUUCUUUCAAUAUCAGUAAUAGUUCAUUGAACAAUAUAGUAGCUGAGAACUUGGACUAUAUUUUUACAUCACGUAGUUCAGCUCAGGCACAUCUUUGGAUUUUGGCAUUCUCUUAUGCAGCUUUGUAUCAUUGUAGAUACGUAAUUACAGAAAUAAGCAAUUCUCAUAACCAUGCUUACUCAGACAAUGUCAUUUGAAACUGCCAGUAGCUAAAGGUCUCAGAGCCAAAGUUAAUUCAUUUCGUUUCCAUUUUUGACAGUUUUUUUUCCAGUGUUCACAAAACAUAAAAUUUCUAGCUUCACCCCAAAAUGUCAUGCUGGAAAUUGCUGUAUAAUAAUAACCUGCAUUUAAUCAUGAAGAGGGAAAGGUUUUGGAUAUUUGGAUUUUUAUCUUAUUUAAAAGAAGCAUUGAGUAUAUUAAGAAUGUAGUUUCAAAUCAAUGUCAUUAAUAACACUGUUGCAACUGCAUACAUGAAGAACCUUUUGUGCCUUUUUGCCUGCAGUAAGCAUUCAUUUCUAUUUACAUGAGCUGUAAGAAUGUUGGUGAUUAUUGCACCUUGUUUUUCUGUAAAUAGACUUGAUUAAGGAUUUUUGUUUAAAGCAAGGAGCAGUUUUCGUUACUAGGUAGAUACCUUAAUAAACAUAAAGGGAGUUAUCAAAUAACAUGUCUUUGGACUCCAACCUUUUCUCUGUUUAGUGAGCAGGAAACUCCUUCCGAAUGUAGUCAUUUGUGUGUGUGUGUGUGUAUAUAUAUAUAUUGUAUAAAUAGUUAUUUAAGUACAUAAACAUAAAAUUCAGCAUCACAUUGGUGUGAUGACAAGAAGUAGUAAGGUGCUAGGUGGUUACAUUAAAAGCACAGCAGAGUAUACCAUCAGUCACUAUGACUGGUGGUUUUUAUAAACUAGGUUCAGUUUUUGAACCACUCAGAAUACCUCAUGUGUAAAUACGAUAGUCAUGACUUAAUUGAAAUACAGUUAUUGUAAAAAGAAUGUGAAGCCACUGGUUGGCUUAUGCCUUCUGAUUAUUAUCCUUGCCUCUUU